AUGUAUAGGUCUUUAUUCUCAAGGUCAGGUCCAUUGGCACGUCAUGGCUACAAUGCCAUGCUCAACUCACAGAGAGCUGGUCACAGAAAGCCAAUCGUCUUUAAGGAGCCAGGUGUUUAUGAUGGAGAGGUACCAGAAACUUUUGAUCAACACCCAGAUAUGAUGGCACCUGAUGAUGAUCCCUACUUGAACAGGAAUCCAAGUGCAGUUAUCAACUACUUUGUUGGAGCAUUCGCAGUUUUGGCUGGCGUCGGUUUCGCUUGCUAUAUGUUUAUCAACCCAACAAGAAAGGAAGUUGUGGAGAGAGAUCUCCCUUUCAACAACUUGUAUGUGGAGUAUGGAGGCGAUCCCGAGAAGGUGCCAGACGAGACUCAAUGGCGCAUUAGAAUGGGUGAUAGACAAGCGAUCUACAAAUCAAAGUAUGGAGACAAU